AUGGUGUACUUGGGCAACAAGGUCUUUAGAGGCAAGAAGGAACAAGAAGCUUUCGAUAAGAGUUUCGCCGGAAGGUACCAGAAACUUCUUAAGAAGAAUCACUUCCUUUUCUUUGGCCUUCCUUUCAUGUUGAGCAUUUUCGCUGGAUCGUUAUACCUCCAGAAGUUCACUGCCGUCAAGUGGGAGAAGUACGAUGAGAGACACAGACAGUUGAGUGAAGACGAAAUGCUUGGUAUGAUUGACAACAAGCGGUCGUUUGAUAAACGUGACGAUUUCUAUAGGCUCCAGGGUCUUUUGAGGGACCAUACGGAUGAUGUGAAAGAUGACUACGAGAUUGUUCGUGUGCUGAGGAAGAAGGAAGAUGAACCUGUCUGGUGGAAGCCAUAA